AUGGCUGCCGGGCUCCGCCUGGCGCUCUUGGCCGCCCUGUUGGCGUUCCUGCCCGCGCCCCUCCCUCGACGCCGAGCGGCGGGUCGCGGAGGCUGGGGGCGCCCAGGAGGGGUCAGGUCGGCCUUGCCGUACAUGUACCUGCACGCGGCGCAGGAGUUUGUGGUCAGGGCCGGCCGCGCGCUUGCCAAGGUGGCCCCCGCGGUGGGGCCCGGCGCGCUGGACGUCCUCGCCCGGGCCGAGAGGGCGCCGAACGUCGAGGAACGCCGCGUGCUGCACAUCUCGAGCCGUGAAAUUGUUCAGGAGGCUCUGCAGGCGAAGUGCGCCAGCCUGUUCCUGAGGGAGUCCAGCGUCGUCACCCAGGUGGAGAACCUCACAGCCGACGUCCCUUUCGGCGUCAUGCUGGCCUCUGACGCCGACGGCAUACAUGCGCACAAGUGCCCGAACCCAUACUCCUGCUCGCUGCCUCGCCACCAGGCGAUGAGGCCUGCAACUGCCAGCAGCAGCACCGCGCCCAAGGCGGGCGGCUGCCCGCUGCUUCUCUCCGCGCCUCCCGGCGGCGCCCGCGGGGCCACCGGCGGCGCCAUGUGCGCCAGCGGCUUUUACCCCGCCGUCACCUGGCUGCACGAGGUGCCGAGCAGCACAUGUGGGAUACCGAAAGCAGUGUCAUGGACAGGCUUGGUGGGGCGACUCCGUCAGCGUGUUACUGCUGAGGGCGGGGAAGGCUUCUGUACAACGGGGAACGAGGAACACGCAGCACAGCUUGAGAGACGACGCGCGUGUCGUAAAAGCUCACUAUCCCGCCCGAGCGCCGUAGACCAUCGCGUCGGAGGCUUGCGAAGACGGCCGCUGGUCGGACCCCACGCCGGGAAGCGUGGCCUGGGGCGGCCCUGCUUCUUGCACUCCUCGGGUCAGCAGCGGCGCGCGCCGUCUCUCGAGCUGCGCGUGCUAGGUAUACAGCAGCAGCAGCAGCAGCAGCAGCAGCACGCGCACGGGCGGGCCGACGGGCGUGCCCCCGAGGGCGUUUCUCCUCGCCCUCCGAGGCACUGCUGCAACUUCCCGUACCGGCACCUCGUGCUCAACGCGGCCGAGGCGGGCUCACUCUUCACGCUCAGCGUCGGCAUGGUGCUCUCGGGGCUGCUGGCCGGAGGCGGGUGGUCACUCACCCCUGGCUUCAGGAGCAGUCUCAUGGUUGGCAUUGCAGCCCUGUUGAUCCUGUACUUCCUCGGGCUGGUGGGCCUCUGGGUGAAGGUCAAGUUCUUCUGGGCCGAUGACGGUAGCGAAGAGGCGUUUGCAGAGGACCCGUGCGACGAUGAUCAUCGCGAGAGCAAUGCGUCUUAG